UUCACGUCUUUAAUGACAACUUGGGAUAUUGGUAACUCGGUGCAGGACGCUUUUGUCAUAGCCGUUGAAGAACAUGCCAGAGAACGUUUACAACGCUUGGCUGCCUUAAAUCGUGUCACACCUGUAGAUAUUACGCAACUAUCGAAAAAGUUGCAACAAUCGUGCAAAAGUGGGUCAACUACAACAACCCAAAAACAAGAUUUGAGUUUUCUGCACGAAGCCUCACCAAUAUACGUGACCUCGUUCAAUAGCAAUCAGAUAGCGUGCAAUAGCGCAACUUUAACGACAGCAUCCACAGCUACCUCGGGCCUUAUAAGCGCCACAACAAUAACACCAACAGUUGCAGCGGCUUUGACGACUAACGUUAGUAAAACGAAAACAAUCACAGUAGCAGCAACAGCCGGUGCUGUUGGUAUUGGUGGUAGUCUGGCGAUAAGUGCCGUUGCUAGCGAUAAUAAUGCGAACAACAGCAAUAUCGCAAGAGAACCAGCUGUAACGAAAGCAAUCACACAAACAACAACAACAACGGCAACAACCUCACUAAUAGCAAAUCAUAAAAGUGUUUAUCAAACAACACAAUUGCUGGCGGGUCAAACUGCUAUAGCGGCAACAGUGCCGGCGACAGCAACGCAACAUAAACUUAAAUUAGCUAGCAGUUUACAGCAUUUAGCUUUGGCCGAGGAGGACGACGACGAUGAUUUGGCGGCAGUAGGUGCUAAUUAUUGUAGCAUUAAUUUUAUCAAUUACAAAAAUAAGCAUGCUGAGAUACCCACACCAACUACGGCAGCAGUGGCAGCAACUAUACUAACGGCGACAAGUGAUAAUGCAGCGACAGUAAAUACGUUUAGUGCUACAGCGACUGUACAUCAACAACAGCCAAAACAUCAUUUCCGCGAACAUAUACCACCGCCUUUACAAAUACCGUCGCAUAAUGUUGUGAAAUAUGUGGACGCUCAAACAUUGACAUCACCACAUUUGGCCAAAGAUGUUGUGGAUUUGACGGCGCCUGUCAAAGCAAACCAACAACCACAGGAACUUUACAAUAAUAAUAAUAAUACUAAUAAUAAUAAUAAUAAUAAUAAUAAUAAUAACAAUAAUUUAACAGCAUUAGCGACAGCGACAGCGUCAGUGUCAGCGCCGGCAAUCACAAAAACGACAGCAAUAACAACAACAACAACAACAACAACAAUAGCAUUAGCAACGGCAGUAUUAGGUAAUAAUAACAAUACACUAGGUAAACACACAACGUCAUCAGCAACAGUCGGUGCGCCCGUUAAUCAUUUAGUCAACUCAACAAACAAACAAAUAUCAGUUUCGGAGCUUAGUAAUAGCAAAAGUUUAGGAGUUGCCACGCAAACAUCUUCAACAAUCGCCGCAACAGCAGCAGCAACAAUUGUCGGUAUUUGCACUACAGCGCCACCAUCAUCCUUACCCUACAUUAGUAAUAAUUGUGAUUUAUACUUAACAAAUAUAACAAACCAUCCACCGAGAAGACAGUUACUAAAUCAACUCAAUGAGGAUUCUGCUCAUCACUAUAUCAUCGAUGAUGGUGAUGACGACGAAGAGAUUGACGAUGAUAAACAAUUAACAAGUUUAUCAAAUCAACAAGUGAAUCAAUAUCAGCAGCAGCGACAACAGCAACAGCAACAGCAACAACAACAACAGCAGCAACAUCUCUACGAUAAUAAACAAUUAAAUUAUAGUCCAAACAGUAGCAUAUCAAAAGGCAGAACAGAAUUAUUGUUAGGCGAUCAAACGUUGAGGCAAGAAAUCAGGCCUCGGCGUCGUUCCGGUUCAAGUAUAGUGGUUAUAGAUGGCGAUGAUUUGAAACCAUGUCUACCAGAUGAUUAUAUCAGCGGCCAACAUUAUCGACAACCUUCAGAUGAUAGUAAAGAAAUUGAUCAGGAAAUGUUGACAAUGUUAUCGUUAAAUCAAGAUAAUGGUCCACAUCGUGAGAUGGCUGUCGAUUGUCCGGAUAAUUUUAUAGCACGCAAUAAGACACCACCUCGUUAUCCGCCACCCCGUCCACCACAGCUGCAGUCAAUUAAAAUGUCAAGCAAUGUGGUGGUAAAAUCACCAAAGGUAAUCGCGAACGCUAAUCCAAACGGUGGACUGACGACGCCGACAGAGGAUUUGGAAUUAAUGGUGGAUGGUUUAUAUCGUAAAAAUUCGUCAUCUCAUUCAUCUUCAUUUGGUAGCGAAAUAUUGAGCAAAAAACAAUCCCCGGAAUCUUACGAUUCAAUAUCGUAUCAAAAUCUGCAACACAAUAACAAUGAAUUAAAUAGUGGUAUUGAGGAGGCAGGCGGUAGUAAAAAGAAUUCCUUAUCAUCAAGCACAUCAUUACCAAAUUCGAGCAAUUCAUCACCCACCAGCUCCAACUCAACGAAUUCCGCGGUAACUAAAAACCUUUUUAAUCAGGCAGUUGCCAAUACUAUGGUUUGCGGUGUUGGUGUGGCUGGAAUAGAUUCUUUAACAAGUUUAAAUAGCUCUUCUUCCACACCACCACCCGAAUAUGAAUUGCGUGAAUUCACUCAUAAGCAAUUAACUGGUAACAUAUUGCCAGCAUAUCGUAAACACCGCGAAUUACCGGUAGAUGCACCCGAUAGUUUCAUUGAAAUUAUUAAAACGACACCACGUUAUCCACCACCUGCCCAUCUAUCCUCCUUAACGUCGCAGUUAUCUUCGUGUUCUUCUACUUCUACAGCCAAUACGACAUUAACUCGCUUCAAUUCUAAUAAAAACACUUCGCAGCGACACCAUCAUCAUCUUCAGCAGCAACAGCAGCAAGAAACUUCGCUAAUAUCCACUAUGUCUUUAAAUGGAUCAUUUGAAGAUUAUCAACAACAACAGCAACAACAAUUUCAUCACUUAGCAAAUGGCAAACAGCAGCCUCAGCCUCAAGUGGCUGUAAUGAAUGGUUUGAUUAAAUCUUCCAACAAACACAAUGAAGAGUUAAAUGGUUCGAUAAAACCAAUACCGCCACCACGUGAUUUACCACCACCACGUAACGAUAGCAAAGCUCUUGAUGGGCGCUUAGUGAUCAAUCGGAAUUCAUCCACAAUACCGCCACAACUUCCCGAUCGUAAAUUGAAUAAUAAUAAUAUAAAUAACGUAACCGGACAUGGGCAUCAUGGUCAACAAAUAGCUCAGAUUGUUGAGCCGACAUUAGAGCAAUUGGAUAGUAUUAAAAAAUACCAGGAACAAUUGCGUCGCCGUCGGGAGGAAGAAGAACGUAUCGCCCAACAAAAUGAAUUUUUGCGAGCCAGUUUGCGGGGCUCGCGUAAACUUAAAGCUUUACAGAAUAGCAAAUCGCCAACAACAAACAACGCAGCUCAACAGCCACCCCUGGCUGCCGAACGUGUAACAGUCAGUAGUGGUAUAGAAAAUGAAGCCUAUGUGGAAGAUGAAGAUGUCGAAAAUAUUACAAGUUAUGGGGACUUGAUAAACGCCCUUAAUCGUCUUCAAACGCAACUUACAAAGAGUGGUAUGUCAACGCUUGCGGGACGAGUGGCAGCAGCUCAUAAUAUACUCUCGCAUACCGGAGUGGCUCAUGCUAUGGCAGCACGAACGGCCGUCCUGCAACGUCGGCGGCCUAAAGUCGCCAAUCCUGUACACACGAAUGCCAUGCAAUUGCAAAAAGAUAUUGUGGAAUUAUUGGCCGAUUCGAAUUCGGCGACAGCUAUAGAAUUAGGCAAUUUGUUGACGUCCCACGAAAUGGAAGGUUUGCUGUUGGCUCAUGAUCGUGUGGCAACACAUACGGACUCUACACCAUCGCCUUCAAUGAGUGGAACGGGUAGUCCUAGAACAACAGGCUUACAGCCAGCUUCACCGGUGGCAGGGGCUGCUGUGCCUCCGCCAGUACCGAUACCACCAAAAACGGCCUCUCUAAGAGGUGUUACUCCAGUGGCGCCGCCAGUGGUACCACAGAGAGGCGCUAUGCCUUUGCCGCCCCAUAUAACACCACAUCAUGGUGGUUCGCAAGGUGUGGGCGGUUUUAUGAAAUCUUCAGUUCCGCUAAGAGCUGAUUCUCCACCACUUAGUGCCUGCUUUGGGACACUAAAUGAUCAAAACGACAAUAUACGUAUAAUACAAAUUGAGAAAUCGACUGAACCUUUGGGUGCUACUGUACGCAAUGAAGGUGAAGCGGUAAUUAUAGGAAGAAUAGUAAGAGGAGGAGCAGCGGAAAAGUCAGGCUUGCUUCACGAGGGCGAUGAAAUUCUGGAGGUCAACGGCCAAGAGUUACGCGGUAAAACUGUUAAUGAAGUAUGCGCUUUGCUAAGUACAAUGCAAGGGACACUUACAUUUCUGAUAGUGCCCGCCGGCAGUCCACCACCAGGCGGCGGUCAUCGAGAAAACGCUGUGUUGCACGUACGGGCUCAUUUUGAUUACGAUCCGGAAGAUGACUUGUAUAUACCGUGUCGAGAGUUGGGUAUAAGUUUUCAAAAAGGCGAUGUUUUGCAUGUUAUUUCACGGGAGGAUCCUAACUGGUGGCAGGCAUAUCGGGAGGGUGAAGAAGACCAGACUUUGGCCGGCCUGAUACCUAGUCAAUCGUUUCAGCAUCAACGUGAAACUAUGAAAUUGGCCAUAGCCGAAGAAGCCGGCUUAGCCAGAAAUAGUAAAGAUGGUAGCAGCAGUAAAGGAGCUACGCUACUGUGUGCUCGCAAAGGACGGAAAAAGAAAAAGAAAGCCAGCUCAGAGGCGGGUUAUCCUCUAUACGCCACAACAGCGCCGGAUGAAACAGAACCUGAGGAAAUACUCACUUAUGAAGAGGUGGCCUUAUAUUAUCCACGCGCUACCCAUAAGAGACCCAUAGUGCUUAUUGGUCCUCCUAACAUAGGACGUCAUGAAUUGCGUCAACGUUUAAUGGCGGAUUCGGAACGCUUCUCGGCUGCGGUGCCACAUACUUCGAGAGCUAGACGUGAGGGUGAAGUGCCUGGUGUAGAUUACCAUUUCAUUACUAGGCAAGCGUUUGAAGCUGAUAUCUUGGCACGCAAAUUUGUGGAGCAUGGUGAAUACGAAAAAGCCUACUAUGGCACUUCUUUAGAAGCCAUACGCACUGUGGUUGCUAGUGGUAAAAUUUGUGUUCUUAAUUUACAUCCCCAGAGUUUGAAAUUACUACGAGCUUCCGAUUUGAAACCUUAUGUAGUGCUGGUGGCUCCACCUAGUCUCGAUAAAUUAAGACAAAAGAAAUUGCGAAACGGUGAACCAUUUAAAGAGGAAGAACUUAAAGAUAUUAUAGCCACCGCCCGCGAUAUGGAGGCCCGAUGGGGUCAUCUAUUCGAUAUGAUUAUCAUUAACAAUGAUACCGAAAGAGCUUAUCAUCAGCUACUGGCUGAAAUUAAUUCAUUGGAACGUGAACCGCAAUGGGUACCCGCCAGCUGGGUGCAUAACAAUCGUGAAGAAUAGAAUACUUAACUAAAAAAGCAAACAAAAAACAAAACAAUAAAUAAAUAAA